AACAGCUGUCGUUUCUAGGUGCUCUCAUCAUAUCAACUGUAUAAUGUACUUGAAAAUGUGUCGUCGUCAAACGACAAUGUGUCAUGUGUUGUGUCAUGUGAAGUCCUUUACUUCUACAACCAAGUCUUAAGAGGUUUAAACGACACAAUGAUUGUCGACACUACGUAUCUGUACGUGCACUUAUUUCGAUUAUUUCCUCAAGGUUGCAAGCAACAAUUUCACGUGACAUGCGCGCAAGGGCUAGGCUUGCUCUGCGAAGAGGCUGGCAACUACCUGGACAACGUAAAAUACUGCGGUUACUGCCAACACCAUUACAGUAAACUGUUCACCAAUCAUGAUGUCACCAUCAUCGCCAAGAAAAAAGGCGGUAACGUAAAGACGAUCCCGCCGUACAAGCCGGUGUCGCACGACAGUCAGUCGAGCGACUCGAGCUGCGAGAAGGAGGGCGAAGCCUCGUGCUCGAACGCUAGCGGAGGCGUCACGCCCACGCACGCCGGCAAGUCCAAAGGGCCGGGUCGCAAGUCAUCAUCCAGCACGAGCCACGUUGUGCUAGGCAAGAACACGCCGAAUUCUUCUAAGCCUCUGGACUUAAUGUUAAAUGAAGCCGCUGCGGAAUCCGGACAUGCCACUCGCAAACACAAGUCUUCAGAAAAAAAUAAGAAGAAGCCGUCUCCUUCUCGCCGCGGGUCGUCGGCCGGUGACGGUGGGUCCGGCAGCAAGAGCAGCACGCCGGCACCCUCGCCGCAACACACAACUGACUCCAACUCCGCUCAGAUGGCUAAAGCGUCCGGUAGCUCAACGCCCGCCGGUCCAUCGAAGGCAACCCCGCCGCCUGUGGCCUCGCCCAGCGCUAACAAGACAGUGGAACCCGUCGGAGUCAUCAGUUCCGUUGCACAAGCCGUGGCUUCUGUCUCAACCAUCACAACCGUUCCUACUAGUGCCCCGAGCGCGCCAGCUACACCAGCCCCUGCGCCGCCCACCGCUUACCAAGAGUCUGUGAUCACGAACACCGAGUUUGUGGAGACCAAACAAACUAAGAAGAGGAAGGCUGUGUCAGCAGCUAACAACAUGAACACGCCCGUCGAUUACACAUCCACCACUCCACCGACUGGGGCGGGUGAGGGCACUUCACAGAGCAGUGCCGCUUGGGAGGCUGCUCACGCACCGGCUGACGUACAGCUGGAUUCCGUUGACAAAGUUAUUAAAAAGGUCAAAACUGAAGGUCCAGAAGGUAUACCUGUACCGACCUCGCACUUUGCUAGUGUGAGCGCCGCGCCGCCGCUGCCGCCGCCACCGCCCGCUCACAGCCCAGCUUCGAACCCUAGUCCAAGACAUCUGCCUAGUCCGAUGCCGGGGCCAAGCGGAAUAAACCAUGUCUCCAAUAUUCGAUCUCCGUCGAACCCACCACAGGGCAAAGGCGAUCGCGAGGGGCCCGCAUCGCUUCUCGUGUCGGUGCCGUUGCCUUCCACCAGCCACGGACUCAACCUCACCGCGCAUUCACAGGUGCCGCUGCCAGAAAUGCCCGGGCCGUCGUCAUCGCAUAUAUUCCACCAGCCACAGAAACAAGCGGCUAUGGACACGGGCAUGCCAGCACAUUCACCGCACGUACAUCCCGGUCGCUCUUGGGGAGGUCUCAACGUUGCCUACGAACAUCAACAGGAUCCCAACAAGCAAGGAAACGUGGGCGUGAUGGCUGGUACCAGCAAGGAUAUGAGUGCUGUGAACAUCGUCCCCAUGCCGCCGACCACAGUACGGACGAAGAAACGUGCUGCCAUGGCCACGUCAGUCGUUGCUAUGGCUAAUGCUGCAUCCUCUGCUAUACAAACGGUGACGACACACAGCGCGCCGAACGUCCGUCGUCAUCCGCAGCCGACGCCGCCGCCAAUCUACUCCGAGACCAUCAAAGAUUCCCCUCCUAACUCUCCGAACGCUGAGAGAUCACUGCAGCCAAAGAUGGAGACCAGGAUAAGGCGUAGGAAGCAGGUAUUUAACAACCUUAGACCAAACAACGAUACUGUGUUCGCAUCAUUAAUCAAUGGAAAAUGCAAUAAAAAGAAAAUAAGAGAGAAGAACAACCAGCUGAAAAUAAUAGCUGGAGAAUCAGCUUUAGACAAUGUUCUAAGUAAAGCCGGAUAUGAUGUACCAGAAAAGUCCCCCGAAGUCACUGUUAGAGGAACCCACGAAAGAAAGAAACCUACAAAAACAAAACGACAGAAAAAAAAGAAAGCUGAGACAUUAGGAGUCAAAAUAAAGAUCGAAAGAAUCGAUGAAUCGGUGGAAGAAAAGACCGAAGUAUGUAACCAGCAAGAAGCAACAUCUAUAAUCAAUAUCCACCACGAACAGCUGCUAAGAGACAAGGCAUUAGAAGACACAAACCAAAUACACAACGGAAGCAAGGCUACAAGCAUGGUCGAAAAAACUGCCGAAAGGACUGUGGAAGAAGAAAACGUAAAAGAAAGAUACAGAGAAUGCGAACGUUCAAAAAGAGAAAAAGUGAAACGGUUGUUACGCCAGUUGAAUCCGUCGUGCACGGCGCCGCACAUGUUGGGCAACGAGUUGAACCCGGAGAGCGGCGCAGCGGCUUGCUUGCAAGAACAGCUGACGGCUGAGCUGGCCGCACACGCCGCUGGGAGCGCGGGAGGCGAUACCCUCAUUCCGCCGCCGCUGAUCAACAAAGCUGCCCCGCGGCACACGCUUUACGGUUCGAGUGGUAUUGUGGGGCGCUCGUCCGGCGCCCAGAGCUUGGAUCAGCUGCUCGAGAGGCAGUGGGAACAAGGAUCACAGUUCUUGAUGGAGCAAGCACAGCACUUUGAUAAUGACGUGUGCACAGUCGCUUCGCUGUUGUCAUGUCUCCAUCAACUGCGUACCGAGAACGUUCGUCUCGAGGAGCACGUCGGCAGCCUGCUGCAGCGCCGAGAUCAUUUGCUAGCCGUUAACGCUCGGCUAGCUAUACCGCUCACUACUGACAUGGUAGAUGGGGACAGAUGUUACAAUUCAAGUGAUGUACCAUUGCGCAGUGACGACUGGGCCGCCCGAGCCGAGCCGUGGGCCGCGCGAGAACGGCCCGCAAAUGCAGGUCCGCCCGCCGCCGCCGCCGGUCCGCGCUACCGAGACCGUCACCUCGGACCGACCCCACCAGCUUAUAAUGCGUGAGGUGCAGCAGAAGCCCAGCUGAAAGGAACCGGGUGGCGGCGGAGGCGGCGGCGAUGCUGCCGCCCCGGGGCCGUCGUCGGCCAGUCCGGCAGCGCUGCGCACCGUCCAGACCUUCAUCAUGCUCGAGCAACGUCGCAGAGCCGAUUUCUCCAUCGACUCUAUCCUCAAAUUCGACCACUAGAUCAGUCACUAUGCGUCAAUGCUAAAUUUCGGAAACCAGUUUGACUAUACGACUGCAGUGCCGGGAUUUAGUAAGCAAGUGUCUGCGGUAGGUCUCGCUCGGGCGGUGAUGAUGCGCGGCUCCAUUUCGUUGCCACCACUCGCCACCAGGACUCCACUCGGCGCCAGUCGCUGUUACGAACAAUCUCAUGUACCGGCUGGCCAUAGAGUCAACUUUGUAGUAGUUAAUGUUAUAAAUGUUACACUAGAUUAACGCACACGUGUGUAUUAUAAUAGUUACGGGGCGGUUUCAACGUUAAUACGUCGUGUCGAGGUUGACAUCUUGAAUGCUGGUGGUCUGUCACAUAAGAAGGGAACAGAAGCUUCGUGUACAGUUUCACUUGCGCACCGUAUGUCUUCAAUGUUAUUGAUGAUGAAUUAAUGUGUAAUAAGACUGUAAAUAUUCUGUUGUACACGAUCUUGACUAUUUCACUGUGUUUGUAAAUAGUUUCCCGACUUAUUAAGCCUAAUUAUAUCGAGGCACGAUAUUGGACCAAAGUUGGCGAGCAUUCGUCUGUUUCCUGUAUGCGGUGUCGUGUCGUCGCGCGACUAGUGAGGUGAUCUCGACGUGGUAUCGCGUACGCGCGGCGCGAGCGCGCGGGUCGCGGGUCACGGCACUACCGACUGAGUAGAUUACGCUGAAGUGUGGAUUAUCUUGUAAGUGUUAUUAGACUGGAUCGACAUCCUCCGCGCAUUGUCUGUUCUUUUGAACGACGCGAGCGAUGUUAAUGUUUAUUUUAGUGUUAAGGUUUUAAACUAUGUACGUUAUAUUAGUAGUAUAUAUAAAGUUAAAGUUCCAACUAUACGGGAGUUUAUCCUGUGCUGAAGUCCAAAGUUAUUGUAAAACUUGCAGACUGGGGGUACUGAACAUUUUGUGUAUGACGCGUGCGUGUAAUACUUAAUAGCAGCUCGGGAUUGCGAAACUAUUGACGACAUUGGGACGUUGGCCUGGAAUCAGAUAACAGCUAAAGUAUAAAUUGAAUGUUAAAAACCAUAUCGAACUCUACACGAAUGAAAAAAGUGGUCGAUACAUCUUUUAAUUAUUCAUUAUUGUAAUAGUUAAAUUGAUUGUUAGUUAGUAAUGAUGUAAUAAUUGUCGUUAAUGUUUGAAAUUACAGUAUUUCAAUUGGUAACCAGCACAGCUUGGUAAUGAAUGUUCUAUAUGAUAUACCUAACUUGUAUGAGCGGGGUCGCGUCAGAUGCCCGGCGUCUCUCUGCCACUUUCAUCACUGUCACAUCUAUUGUGUCCCUACUUAUAUUAAUAAGCUACUCGCACCGACUAUGUAAUAUAGAACUAACUGCUUUGUAAUAUUCAUCAAUGUAACCUAUAAAUGUCUAUGGUUAGGUGUAUUAAACCGUACUGAAUCGGGUCACCUAUAUCCCUCCCAUGUUGGCUGAGAGCGCCGCACAAGUUGCAGGCGAGAGCACGACGCGGCCACCUUUAUAAUAAAUAAACUAUAUUUAUUUCUUAAAUAGUUAAAAAUACACAUUCAGUAUUAUACAAUAUAAUUAUUCAGGAUGUGAUAGAGUACGUUCCUUUAAGAUGUGUGUAGACGUUAACAUCAUAUUUAAGUACUAUUGGCGGGCACUUCGCUGCUUGUUGCGUACCGAAGUCAGCGAGACGCUCACUUCGUGUCGAGGGGGCAGAGAUCAAAGAUCGAGUAGUCGUUGUGUGGAAUGCUGACGCUCGAUACAAGUAUAGUCUCGGCUUAUGUAAAGGUUUGCUCUUUAUCUGGCCCCUCACGUUACUGAGGCAGUAGUGCAGUCCCGCCGUUAUUCGAUGUAACCCAAGUCGCUGUAACCAUUGAAUGUAUCGAUUAUAUUAAACUACUAAGCUCAAUGUUGUUGAUCGAUGUACAUCUAUAAUCUCGGUGUUGAAUGUUAAUAAGAUUCCAUGUUUGUUUUAUGAUAUCAAUAUUAAAUGUUUCAAGUAGAUUCUAUGACACCAGGCCAGUCACUUGCUUAGGUCUCGGACCGUCUUCUAGCCGUGUUGCCGCUUAAGCGCGGUGCUUUUUGUGUCGUCACAGGCCAUAUUAUUACAGUUUAAAGAUACAGUAGAAUUAAUAUAAAUCAUAUUUGUCGUUAUUUAAUUCAGUGUUGUAGAAGCUCGUGCGAAUGGACGCAGUUCAUCGUGUCGUAAUUUGGGGUUGGAAACUGUAUUUCUGAGAAAAAUCAGUUUCGAGAAGGUUGUAUGGGAAUGGUUCGGCCCAAUGCGUGGGCCACGAAGAAAGUUAAGAAAUGUAGACGAACAGCCGUUAUCUAUCCGCACGGGUUUUAAGGCGGGGAAUACAGUCGGAUCGAUUGAUGACAAAGAUGUAAACCUGCCUCUAGCGGUUCCCAUCUUCAGUUGUGGCCGUCCACUUUUCCCAGCCAGUUAGAUAAUUGUCAGUAUAUAAGGUUUCCAAUCACUGUUGUAGCUCUCCUUGGAAUUGUAGUCCAUGAUUCCAUUUCACCCUUACUCAAGACGGUCCUAUCAUCGACUUUUUUCUCGUUACAAUAGAUAAGCUUUGAAAUAGCCUUUCUACCAACUGCUCGAACUAAUUUUAAAGUAUCUCCCAGUGUAUUUAAAAUCUAUGGAAAAAACAUGAAAAAUCAGUGAAUCAGUCUAUUUUAACAAAUCUGUAUCUUCUUCAAAUAAGGCCCGCACACGAACACGUUACAACAACUCGACGUGCCACGUUGUACAAAAUGUUCCUUAAUUGCUACUAUGCACUCCUGCAGCUAAGCUGCAUUUGUUACUCAAUAUCCAAAGAUGACGGACGUCAUUAAAGUCAUCACUUAACAACUUUGAUUGCAAAUUUUUGUGCUCGAUGCCUUCAGAUGUCUUGUAGUAGUGAACUAAGCUCACUUGUGCAGAAAAGUGCAACGUGUGAUUUGAUGUCACGUCGACUUGUCGUACAACGUGACACGUUGCGGUGUCGUAACGCAUUUCUGUUUGAGCCUUUACUCUUCGAAAUAACUUUAAGUGGGGGCGCAAUGUGCUAAGCCCCAAUUCCGAUAUUUACAAUUGCCGAUGAAUGCAUGGAUAUUGAAUUAAAAUGACACCAUUCGUGUUCUCCUAAGCACUUUUCCACAAUAAUUUGGAAAUUCAGUCCGGUUCGGAACGAUUUAUUCAUCGGCAAUUGUAAAUAGCAGAAUUGUGACUCUGGACGCUGGUUACAAUGGUACACAUAGUAGUCCGUUGCCUUGGAGCAACUCUUGCUGACAGUUAAGCGUCAGCUUUCCUUAAUUCUUUGUUACACAUGGUAUCUCAUGAGUAGAGAUGUUCAGCUAGUUUUGGGUUUGCCUGGUGGUUAUCCAACAACAAGUUGAAAUUAGGCUUCUUUAAAACUUCCCACGUCUUUCUUUCUCAAACCUGGUAGAUCCUCAUACAACCGUAACGUGCAAUAAUAUCGAUGAUCUGAGCACAGUUAAAUGUUGCAAAAAACGCUGUUGUACUAAUCGAUAUAAAAUGCAAUCCUCUUUGAUCCCCUUUGUAACCAAUCUUCCCCCACUUACAGCUAUGCAAAAUAUGUGAUACGAGUUUUUUUUUUAACAAAUGAAAAUUUUGCAAUGUCUGGUUACAUGUGCCUGGCAUCUUACUAUCUCUGCUAUAAACUACCUUGGCGGUGAUGUCCGAUGCUUUUAACCCUAAAACGAGAAUCUUUCUCGUGAUAUAAAUAUUGCUCUCCCGAAUGAGCCUGUAAAAUUUUAAAUUAUUUAUUUUUUAUUUUUCACACACACGUUAUUGUAUGAAUAUAGUGUACAAAUAAACAAUUGUACACUUGAAUAUCUUUCCAAGGAUAUUUUUGUUAUAAAUAGUAUUUAAGAAAUUUCUUUAGGGUGUUUUUUUAUCGUUUUGUUUUUUUUUUAUAAAUUCUUAAUGUUCAGGCCCGCUUGUUAUAUCGUUGUAUGAAUACAUAUCGUUAACAAUAGAAACGGCCUACUGUCAUCACGUCGUUGCGAAUGCCGAUGUUGUUAUGACCGUACACGUUCAGUUUGGACUAUUUAAAUACGUUGAGUGCAUUUGAAUAAGAGCUAAGCCCUAUCUGUUGUUAACGAGAUGGGAGCGACAGCUGCGACAAGCCUAGAGCUCGGAAUUAACGUUUUUUAGUAUAGUGUGCUAAGACCAUUGUAAACUUUGUAAAAAGUGAUCUCAGUCGAUAGUACUGAUUGAUGUACAUGAAUUCGUAUUUUUACUGUUGUAUCAGCCCGAUGGUUUAAUUUAUUGUAUUUAGCGCUUGACAUUCAUUUUUAAAUAGCAAUUGUUUAAAAAUAACUGAUGUUUUAGUCGUAUUCACCAGUAUAUGAUAUAUUGUCUUUGAUGACUUUAUUCCUGUCAAUCUAGAUAUUAGAGGGUACUAAAAUUCUCACCCAACUGAAAGUGAUAGGAUUGUUCAAAACACCAUUAAAAAUGAAACCUAAAAAGGCCUCAUCAAUACAGCACCAUUCGGGCACUUGAAGAAAGAAUACUCGGGGUACAAAGUACGUACAAAGGUCGCAAAAAUGGUUUUACAAAAUUUAAACUGAUAAAAGUCAAUCAAAAAUGUCCAAAAUAGAGCAACCGGUUUCCGAGAUGUAGCAAUUUUAAACUUAAAAGAGUUGGAAUUUCACCGUAUUUUUGAAAAUCGCAAAAAACCUUUAUUUUUUUCAGGAUUGACAUAAUCACAGUAAAAAUACGAUUUCUUUUCAGUAAUCGUGAAGAAAAAUUGACGACUGAUUUUAUGUUAUAAGAUUAAUCUUUUGGUUACGUAUCAAAUAUGUUAUGACGCUGUGUUAUUGUACAAGCAGUAAUUGGUUCACCCGUGGUUAAUUGAGCAUUUUAACUAUAAUUACUCACAUGCAAUUAUGUCAAUGAUUGUAUCUUUUUAUUGUAUAUAUUUUGUAUUUAUGAAUCUGAGUUAUUUGUCAGCAGCUAGUACAAUGAUAAGACCACGAAACGGUCACAGCUUUUGAAAUAACACUGCCACAUUACAAUGGUAAUCUUUUAAAGAUCAUUUUGAUGCAUUUAUCAGAUCUAUAAAUUUCAGUCAAUUACCAAGUGUAAUAAAUAGAACUAUCUAUCUUAAAAUAAAUAAACUUAUUCACUCAAA